CAUAUGUCAACAUUGUCAAUUGUCAAAAUGUUAAUCCGUUCGGUGUCGUGUUUGUAAUAAUGGCGGAUGCUGCGGCUAGGCAGUUACAGUACGAAUACAAAGCUAAUUCAAAUCUUGUACUUCAAGCAGACGUUCGUUUAAUCGAAAGAAGAAGCCGAGAUGAAGCAACAGGAGAAGUUGUUUCCCUUGUUGGAAAACUGUCCGGAACUAAAAUGGGAGAUCGCGCUCAGCGAACCCGCCCGGGCAAAGCGGAGGAACGUAAAGUGAAGCGUCAGAAGCGAGAUGAAGCACAAUAUGACUUCGCUAGGAUGAAAGGUGCAACUUUAUUGUCUGAGGGCGUUGAUGAGAUGGUGGGAAUAAUUUAUCGCCCAAAGACACAAGAAACUAGACAAACGUACGAAGUUCUUUUAAGUUUUCUACAAGAAGCUCUAGGCGACCAGCCCCGUGAUAUUCUAUGUGGAGCUGCUGAUGAAGUGCUUGCAGUAUUAAAGAAUGAUAGAUUAAAAGAUAAAGAAAAGAAAAAAGAAACUGAGGCGUUGUUAGGCUCGAUUGCGGAUGAAAGAUUUGCUUUGCUUGUUAAUUUGGGUAAAAAAAUAACUGAUUUUGGAAGUGAAGAAAACAAAACCUCCGUCAACGACGAAAACAUAGAUGAAACUUACGGUAUUAAUGUUCAGUUCGAAGAGUCAGAAGAAGAAGAUGACGAAGACAUGUAUGGUGAAGUUCGUGAAGAUAUGGAUGACGAAGAAGGUGAAGAAGCUAAAGAGGAUAGUGCCAUUCAUGCUGAAAAUUUGGGUGGUGUAGAAGAAAUGAAAAAAGAAAAAACCUUACAUCCACUUGACAUAGAUGCUUAUUGGUUACAACGACGCCUUUCAAAAAUUUACGACGAUGCUAUGGUUUCUCAGGCUAAAGCUGCAGAAGUUUUGAAUGUUUUACGAGAUGCCACUGAUGAUCGAGAAUGCGAGAAUCAGCUAGUGUUACUACUGGGAUAUGAUUGUUUUGACUUCAUAAAACAAUUAAAGAAACAUAGACAGAUGAUUUUGUAUUGCACUUUACUGGCAAAAUCUCAAAGUGAAUCUGAAAGGCAAAAAAUUAAAGAUAAGAUGUCUGAAGAUUCUAGCCUAGCUCGAAUCUUACGUCUCUUGGAAACUGGAAAAGGGGACGAAGAUGGUGAAAACGAAGAAUCAACAUCAAGGUCAGCGAGACAGAAGGAUCACUCUGAUGAAAUGGAAACAGGGACAAGUUCACAAGUUGCAGGAUCAAGACAUCUAAUAGAUUUUGAAGAUUUAGUAUUUUCUCAGGGUUCUCAUUUUAUGGCAAAUAAACGCUGUCAGUUACCAGAUGGCUCAUUCAGGAAACAAAGAAAAGGUUAUGAAGAAGUUCAUGUUCCGGCACUUAAACCAAAACCGUUUGGAGAUAACGAAAAAUUACAACCAAUCGAUCAGUUGCCAAAGUACGUACAACCAGUAUUUGACGGUUUCAAAACACUUAACCGGAUUCAAAGUCGUUUGUGUAAAACCGCCCUGGAGACAGAUGAAAAUUUGCUCCUGUGUGCUCCAACUGGUGCGGGUAAAACAAAUGUUGCCUUAUUGUGUAUGAUGCGUGAAAUCGGAAAGCACAUCAAUACCGAUGGCACCAUAAACGCAGAUGAUUUUAAGAUAAUCUAUGUAGCACCUAUGCGUUCUCUCGUGCAAGAAAUGGUUGGCAAUUUUGGAAAAAGACUCUCAAGUUACAAUAUUACUGUAUCAGAGUUAACCGGUGAUCACCAAUUGACUAGAGAACAAAUAGCUGCGACACAAAUAAUUGUAUGUACUCCCGAAAAGUGGGAUAUCAUUACUCGAAAGGGAGGUGAGAAAACUUUUGCUUCCCUCGUUAGAUUAAUUAUUAUCGACGAAAUUCAUCUGCUGCAUGAUGAGAGAGGUCCGGUGUUAGAAGCUCUUGUUGCUAGAACAAUUCGAAUGAUUGAGGCUACUCAAGAAGAUGUUCGUAUAGUGGGUCUGUCAGCCACGUUGCCCAACUAUCAAGAUGUUGCCGCUUUUUUGAGAGUAAAGUCAGAUAGUGGACUGUUUUAUUUUGACAAUAGUUUUAGACCUGUUGCCUUAGAGCAACAGUAUAUUGGUGUCACUGAAAAAAAGGCCUUAAAAAGAUACCAAGUAAUGAAUGAAAUCGUUUAUGAAAAAACUAUGGAACACGCGGGACGUAAUCAAGUCUUGAUAUUUGUCCAUUCAAGGAAAGAGACUGGAAAAACGGCCCGAGCUAUUCGUGACAUGUGUUUAGAGAAGGAUACUUUGGGUCAGUUUUUAAAAGAAGGAUCUGCUUCCAUGGAGGUUUUGAGAACAGAAGCUGAACAAGUGAAAAAUCAUGAGUUAAAGGAUCUUCUGCCAUAUGGUUUUGCUAUACAUCACGCUGGCAUGACUCGAGUCGAUAGGACGUUGGUAGAGGAUUUAUUUGCAGAUAGACACAUCCAAGUGUUGGUAUCUACUGCCACUCUUGCUUGGGGAGUAAAUCUUCCCGCCCAUACGGUAAUAAUUAAAGGCACUCAGAUUUAUAAUCCAGAGAAAGGAAGAUGGGUCGAAUUAGGUGCCUUGGAUGUUCUCCAAAUGUUAGGACGUGCAGGUCGACCUCAAUAUGAUACUAGAGGUGAAGGCAUUCUGAUUACGAAUCACAGUGAACUUCAAUAUUACCUAUCCCUUCUCAAUCAGCAGUUACCAAUUGAAUCGCAGAUGGUUUCUAAAUUACCUGAUAUGUUGAACGCUGAAAUAGUGUUAGGCACAGUGCAAAAUGUAAGAGAUGCAGUGACUUGGCUGGGAUAUACCUAUUUAUAUAUUAGAAUGUUGAGACAACCAAAUCUGUAUGGAAUUGCUCACGAUCACAUGAAACAAGAUCAGUUAUUAGAGCAGCAUCGAGCCGAUUUGAUCCACACUGCUGCUUUACAUUUAGAUCGCAGCGGAUUAGUCAAAUAUGACAGAAAAACUGGGCAGUUCCAGGUUACUGAACUGGGUAGAAUUUCCUCGCAUUACUACUGUACACAUGAAACCAUGCAAACUUACAAUCAACUACUUAAACCUAUGCUCAGUGAAAUAGAGCUCUUCCGGGUAUUUUCGUUAUCGUCGGAAUUCAAAAACAUCACAGUUCGUGAAGAAGAAAAGUUGGAACUUCAAAAACUUAUGGAGCGAGUUCCAAUUCCAAUUAAAGAAAGUAUAGAAGAACCGAGUGCUAAAGUAAACGUUCUUUUGCAAGCAUACAUUUCGCAGUUAAAACUGGAAGGUUUCGCUUUAAUGUCUGACAUGGUCUACGUUACACAAUCAGCAUCAAGAUUAAUGAGAGCAAUUUUUGAAAUAGUGUUGCAUAGAGGGUGGGCCCAGUUAGCUGACAAGUCUUUGGCUUUAUGCAAGAUGAUUGACAAGAGGAUGUGGCAAUCAAUGUCACCAUUGAGGCAGUUCCGCAAAAUGCCUGAAGAAAUCGUCAAAAAGAUCGAAAAGAAAAAUUUCCCGUGGGAGCGCUUGUAUGAUUUGGGACCCAAUGAAAUUGGCGAGCUGAUUCGCGUUCCCAAACUAGGGAAAACGAUACACAAAUACGUACAUCAAUUCCCUAAACUCGAGCUUUCUACUCAUAUCCAACCGAUUACAAGAUCGAUGUUGAAAGUUGAGCUGACGAUAACGCCAGAUUUUCAAUGGGACGACAAACUGCACGGGACUUCAGAGGCCUUUUGGAUUUUAGUUGAAGAUGUGGACUCGGAAGUCAUCCUUCAUCAUGAAUAUUUCCUUUUGAAAUCAAAAUAUUGUCAAGACGAGCACUUGGUCAAGUUUUUUGUCCCUAUUUUCGAACCUUUGCCACCACAAUACUUCUUAAGGAUAGUUUCAGAUAGAUGGAUUGGCGCCGAAACACAGUUACCUGUUUCUUUCAGGCAUUUAAUUUUGCCUGAAAAGAACUUUCCGCCCACCGAACUAUUGGAUUUACAGCCUUUGCCUGUUACGGCACUUAGAAACGACAAAUAUGAAUCAUUAUACAGCGACAAAUUUCCUCAAUUUAAUCCUAUUCAGACACAAGUUUUUAACUCUGUUUAUAACGGUGACGACAAUAUUUUCAUUGGUGCUCCAACGGGUUCGGGAAAAACCACUAUAGCCGAGUUUGCGAUACUUCGUUUAUUUGACAGGAAUCCAGAAGGACGGUGUGUCUAUUUGGUUCCGAAAGAUGCUUUAGCUGAAUUGGCGUUUGCCGACUGGCAUAACAAAUUUGGUCAGAUGCUGGGCAAAAAAGUGGUUUUGUUGACAGGAGAAACAGGAACAGAUUUGAAACUACUUGCCAAGGGUCAGAUAGUUAUUAGCACAGCUGAAAAAUGGGAUGUUCUGUCACGAAGAUGGAAACAACGAAAGAACGUCCAAAAUGUGAACUUAUUCAUUGUUGAUGAAUUGCAUUUGAUUGGGGGUGAAGAUGGGCCCGUUAUUGAAAUAGUUUGUUCAAGAAUGAGAUAUAUUUCGUCCCAGAUCGAAAAACCCAUCCGAAUUAUCGCUUUAAGUGCUUCGUUGAUGGAUUAUAAAGAUGUUUCCCAAUGGUUGGGAUGCAGCGCUAAUUGUACUUUUAAUUUUCACCCAAGUGUUAGACCAGUUCCGUUAGAAUUACACGUUCAAGGCAUUAACAUCACUCACAACGCUUCCAGACUAGUAGCGAUGGCAAAACCAGUCUAUAAUGCUAUUGUUAGAUAUAGUCCUCACAAACCAGUGAUUGUAUUUGUUCCUACAAGAAAGCAGUCAAGGUUAACGGCAAUAGAUUUGCUUACGUACGCGGCUUCCGAAGGGCAGUCUAAUAAGUUUUUCCAUGCAGAAGAAGAAGACAUCAAACCUUUUUUGGAUCGCAUGACAGACAAGACUCUGAAGGAAACCCUCUCGCAAGGCGUUGCAUACAUGCAUGAAGGUUUAACUGCAAGCGAUUUACGGCUUGUAGAACAAUUGUUUGAUUCGGGAGCGGUUCAGAUAGCUGUGGUUAGUAGAGACUUGUGUUGGACUGUCAACAUUUUUGCUCAUUUGGUGAUCAUUAUGGACACUCAAUCUUAUAAUGGCAAGAUACAUUCUUAUGAAGAUUAUCCUAUUACUGAUGUACUUCAAAUGAUUGGAAGAGCGAAUCGUCCUCUCGAAGACGAUGACGCAAAGUGUUUCUUAAUGUGUCAAAGUUCCAAGAAGGACUUCUUUAAGAAGUUUCUUAGUGAUCCAUUACCUGUUGAAAGUCAUUUGGACCACAGACUUCACGAUCAUUUCAACGCUGAAAUAGUUACAAAAACGAUUGAAAACAAACAAGAUGCUGUGGAUUACUUAACAUGGACGUUUUUGUAUAGAAGACUCACGCAGAAUCCAAAUUACUACAAUCUUCAAGGAGUGACGCAUAGGCAUUUGUCUGAUCAUUUGUCAGAACUAGUAGAAACUACCUUAUCCGAUUUAGAGCAAUCCAAAUGUAUUAGUAUAGAAGAUGACAUUGAUUGUGUUCCACUUAAUUUAGGAAUGAUCGCUGCAUACUAUUAUAUUAACUAUACAACUAUUGAAUUAUUCAGUCUAUCGUUAAACAGCAAAACUAAAAUUCGUGGUUUGUUGGAAAUCAUAUCAUCAGCUGCAGAGUAUGAAGAUCUUCCGGUUCGACAUCAUGAAGAUAAUACUUUGCGACAACUAGCUGCAAAAUUGCCUAAUAAGUUGACGUCUUCUACAGGAAGCCAACCUAAAUUCAACGACCCCCACGUCAAGACUAACCUUCUUGUUCAAGCUCACCUGUGUCGAUUGCAAUUGGGCGCAGAAUUACAAGGAGAUACUGAAAUUGUUCUUAGCAAAGCUAUCAGGCUUAUUCAAGCAUGUGUGGAUGUAUUAAGUUCCAAUGGAUGGCUGUCACCGGCAGUGGCUGCUAUGGAAUUAGCCCAAAUGGUUACGCAGGCUAUGUGGAGUAAAGAUCCUCUCUUAAAGCAGUUACCCCAUUUUACAGCAGAUAUCGUGAAAAGAUGUAAAGAUAAGAAGGUGGAAACAGUGUUUGACAUAAUGGAACUGGAAGAUGAAGAUAGGUCGAGGUUGCUACAGUUGACGGAUGCCCAAAUGGCUGACGUUGCCAGAUUUUGUAACAGAUAUCCCAACAUAGAACUGAAGCAUGAAGUAUUGGACAAAGAUAAAAUACAUUCUGGAUCAUCCGUACAUGUAGCUGUUCAGCUUGAAAGAGAAGAUGAGGUUAACGGACCAGUUAUUGCACCAUUUUUCCCACAGAAACGUGAAGAAGGCUGGUGGGUCGUCAUUGGUGAUCCAAAAUCCAAUUCUUUGUUAUCAAUAAAGAGACUUACUUUACAACAGAAGGCUCGUGUUAAAUUAGACUUCGUCGCUCCAAGUCCCGGGCAUCAUAAUUAUACAUUGUAUUUUAUGAGUGAUGCUUAUUUGGGUUGCGAUCAAGAAUAUCAGUUUUCUAUUGAUGUAGGAGAUUUUGAAAGCAGUGAAAGUGAAUCAGAUUAAUGUUUUAUGUUCAUAUAGUACACAAAAAGCUUACUUUUUCAUUGUAAAUAAAUAUGUCUAAUACUUAA